AUGGAUCAUCACAGCAGCUAAAAAUAGCUGUAGAGGAUAGACCUAACUUUAAAGAUAUAUGCAUGCAUUUUGGGUCAGGAGAACUCUCUGGAUAAGCUCAAACUGGCCGAGAUUCAAUCUACUGAUGAUCCAAGCCCAUGGAUUUGGAAGUGGGAGCUGGAUUGAAUUGUCAUUUGUCAAGAGCACGCAUCAUUGCUUGCCAUAUGAGAAAAACCCUCAUUUUGGGAGUUGGGCAUCACAUAGGAUGGUAUCCAAAACUUUUUCUUUUAACCAUACAUGCCAUUUCCGGUGCGCAUGGACCUGCUGCAGUAUGACUAAACGUACUAUAACUAAACCAUUGAUGCCAGCUCUCGUAACUAAUCCCACAGCAAAAUGCUCUACUAGUAGUGAGUUUGGUAUGAUGAAACAAAACAUUUAAUCCAAUAUGAUGUGGGUGCAAAUUUGACAAAAAACCAUACAUGCCAUCUGCUAAAGCAAGGGACCUUGGCAUAUUAGCGUUGUUUGUGGAAAUUUGACAAAAAGCCUGAAACAGUGACCAUGAUGCCAACUCGCACAAGUGCGAGGCGACCACAGGAAGACUCGCGACCCUUGAUACAAGUCUAGGGGCAAAUGUGCAAAUGAUGACCAUAAAGAGCAGAAUGGGUGAGGAAUGGGAAGAACAGUUGGAGGCUGGAGCAGUCGUGAAAAGACACGAGUUGUCAGUGUACGCGUUUUUGUGUAUCGCUAAUUCCAGAACCGAGCAUAUAUAUAUACUGCGAAAGGAUAGGCGCACAUCAAGAUGGGCCUAAGGGCUUAUGCCGGUCCAUGGGCCAGCUCGAACCUGAAUCUAGCAUUACAUGACACGCGUCAAUCGCUGGAGGGUGGCACUAGAAUGGUAAUUUUAUAAAGGACAUGCACGUCAUUUCACGAAUGAGGUACGUAUAGAGAUGAUGAGUUCGUGAAGCAGCAGUGCAAGCCCUUAUUUUAAUGGCUCCAUUAACUUCAACUCCAGUCUCAUUAUUACCCUUCCAAAACCCAUUUUUGCCCUUGCUCUCCCUCUCUCCCAUCCUCUCACAGAUCCAUCGGAAACCGGCUACGUUCCUCGCCGGAAUCCACGGGAUCACUCAUCGGAAAACACGUCGUAAACCGCCGGAAAAGAGCAUGUCUGUCAGCGUUCAGAUGCCAACUCCAUCACACCGGCGGGACAGGGACGACGACACUGAUGUGGAUUCUAGAAAUUGUGCAGGGAAAGGGGACAUGCUAACAACAAAUAUGGAAGGAGAGACCUGCUCACAUAGUCAAGUUGCUCCACGGAAGAACAGAUAUCUUAUGAGCAAUGUCAAGUGCUUUGGGGUGGACCUGUCCCCUGAUAAUGUUGCCGUUGCCAUGGUAUAUUUUGUCCAAGGUGUUUUAGGCCUUUCUAGGCUUGCUGUCAGUUUUUAUUUAAAAGAUGAUCUGCAUCUAGAUCCUGCAGAGACUGCUGUGAUAUCUGGUUUCUCUGCACUACCAUGGCUUGUCAAACCUCUUUAUGGGUUUAUUAGCGAUUCUUUACCACUUUUUGGUUAUCGAAGAAGGUCAUACUUGGUUCUAUCAGGGCUUCUUGGAGCACUCUCAUGGAGUUUGAUGGCCACUUUUGUGGACAGCAAGUAUGGUGCCGCUUUCUGUAUACUUCUUGGUUCUCUUUCUGUUGCCUUCUCAGAUGUUGUUGUAGAUUCCAUGGUUGUAGAGAGGGCUCGGGGUGAGUCACAAAGCAUGUCAGGAUCGCUUCAGUCUUUAUGCUGGGGAUCCUCUGCUUUUGGUGGAAUAGUGAGCUCCUACUUUAGUGGCUCCCUGGUGGGUGCUUAUGGUGUAAGGUUUGUUUUCGGUGUCACGGCAUUGCUACCUCUGAUAACAUCUGCUGUCGCUAUUCUUGUUAAAGAACAGCCUGUGGCUGGUCCAGCAAGGGGACAGGCUUUUCCUUUGAUCAGUCCUAGCUUUUAUGAGAGCUCAAAACAGAACAUUAUUCAGUUGUGGGAUGCUGUCAGGCAGCGUAAUAUAUUUCUUCCCACCUUAUUCAUUUUCCUCUGGCAGGCAACACCACACUCGGACUCUGCCAUGUUUUACUUUACCACAAAUAGACUUGGUUUCACCCCAGAAUUUUUAGGACGUGUCAAGCUUGUUACUUCGGUGGCAUCACUAAUUGGUGUUGGACUGUAUAAUGGGUUUUUGAAAGAUGUUCCAUUGCGGAAGAUUUUUUUUGUAACUACAAUUUUUGGCUCAGCUCUUGGGAUGACCCAGGUUUUUCUAGUCACUGGAUUAAACAGGAAGUUUGGUAUAAGUGAUGAAUGGUUCUCCAUUGGGGAUUCUUUGAUUCUAACUGUUCUUGGUCAGGCUUCAUUCAUGCCUGUUCUUGUUUUAGCAGCAAGAUUAUGUCCACAGGGGAUGGAAGCAACUCUUUUUGCAACCCUUAUGUCCAUUUCAAAUGGAGGAAGUGUUGUGGGGGGGCUGGUGGGUGCUGGUCUGACCCAGCUGUUUGGUGUCACCAAGGAUAGCUUUGAUAAUUUAACUUUUUUGAUAAUCCUCUGCAAUCUCAGCUCUCUGUUGCCAUUGCCACUCCUUGGCCUCCUUCCUCAAGACAACCCUGAUGAUGCUUCUACAAAGGAGACUGAAGAUAUCGAGAUGAAGUGUAAUUGAAUUUGAAUUUUGUUGUCAUCCACAUUAUUCAAACUUACCUGCUUCACUCUUCAAGGGAUCUUUUAGAGCCUCAUUGUACCAAAAUUUUGAGCUUGGUUAGCUGGAGGUUACAAAAGUAACAGAGAGAAUUUUACUUGUAAAUAACACAAUGUCCCAUUUUGAAAGCACAUGCUAUUUGAGUUUGGAACUUGACUACUGUUGUAACUCUUCAGACAAAAAGGCAGCAUUUUUUGUCCAUGUACUAAGCUCAUUCUUUUGUAAGUGCUCUCAAGUUCUCACUCAUCAGGAGGAUAACUUUAUUUACAUUGAUAUUUUUAUGCUUUUCGGAA